AGUUUGUGUAACGUUUUUAACAUUCGCAUGGUAAAUAUUAUAAACUCAAUUAUGCAGCUUGUCUGCGUGAUAGUGUGGACCAAUACUUAUAGUAGUUCACAGGGAGACUUUUCAAAUACUUAGGUGAACAAUCUCAUUACAACAGCCUUCCCAGUCUAAAGUGACUGGAUGGGUUUAAGGUUUCAAUAGAUCAUUGGCAUUUGCAGUCUUUUUUCAUUCAGUGAUGACGUUCCUGUCUGAUUUUCUUCGGACGCAAACCUCUUUUGGCUCUUCACCUUAUGUUACCUGUAUGUAUUAUCUGUAUAAGUAAGGUCUGGCCGAAAGGCGAAGUGGCCAGGAAUCACCAAAACAAAUCCACUUUACUUUUAUCCUCUUCACCAUUGAUCAGCUCGUGUGCCGCUUGGGCGAUCGGUCACGUCUCUGUUACUAUUCUAUGAGCCUUAUUGUGAAUGUUUCUACUAAUGAAAUAACUUAUAAUUACUAUUGAUGUUGAUAGUACUUUAAAUAUACUUAAUAAUCUAUAAUAAACUGAUAAAGGGAUGAAAUAAACACAACUGCGCAUUGAGACAUUCACCUACCUCCUACUCCCUCUCUCGCCAUUGGCCAGUUCAAACAGGGAGACAGUCGAGUGAGGAAGUGUUAUUGAAGUAUUAACAAUGGAUCACAACAGGUAUAAACAACGAGGAUUGCAGUUUAAUUCUGCUAUAGACUCUCGGGCAUUACGGGCUGUGCAGUACCAAGAGGGACGCAGAACUCGGCGCUACGAUGCCAUCGCUUACCGUCGUCAGUUGGACAACUUGGAUCGUGUGGUGGACACGGAGGAAUCUCUUCGAAAUACAAGUGUUUUGUCAAAACAAAAUUUUGGUAAUAAACCAAAAAAGACAAAGAAAGAACUUCCACUGGAGCGUUAUGAAAACCUUUUGAAGUGGAAGGAGGCAAGAAAGAAGAAUCUUGCCAAGGAAAAGAAAAGACGUCAGCCAACAUUUAAGACUGGAGUGUUUCAACCAGAUGCACCAAAAUUUUUGGUGUCUUCAGACAUUGACAUGGGGGCAUCGGUGACCGAGACUCCGGGAAAGAAGCCGACUUUUAAAUUCCUCGUGAGUUCGUCUAGAAAAGCUGGAAGAACUCCUGGGAGUUCGAUGCGAAAGGUUCCCAUAUUUCACACUGGGGUCACGCCAGGAACGUCAAUGCAGCGGAUACCAAAGUUCCACUCUGGGGUUACACCUGGUGUAUCAGGUCCAAAGGUAUCCCGAUCCCACACAAGUGUUACCCCCAAUGAGAUGCAGAAGAGAGAUAGGCUUCUGAAGUUAGAAAGGAAUCAGGAAAACAUAGGAGGUCUACGAACCCGAGCAUCAUUAAGGAGGGCAGUCAAGUCUGAAUACAAAGAAACUGAGGUAAAGAAGUCACUUCGAAGUCGGGUAACCAGACGGAAGAAAGUUGUAGAUGAGGAUGAUCUAGGGGUGAAACCUCUUCCAGCUUCACCAGCGGCUUCCCAAGCCCCUCUACCAUUAAGUCAUGAAGAAGCAGCACCUGGGGUACCUUCCUUUGCACCUAAUAACUUUGCAUUUCAAUUUGAUAUGUCAAAUUUACCAAGAGGUUUUGAUAUCCUUGCUGAGAAUAAUGUAGCGCGGAGGUCUCGGCACUCCUUCAGUGCCCUCAAGAAUGCAAGAGGUGUUGAUGGUUCACCUGAUGAAACAUCCACCAAUGUUACUGCUGAUACUGAUACCUCAUCUAUUAACCAGUCAAAAGUGCACUUGGAAAAUGAAGAGGCGGUAGAAAAGGAAGUCGGUAAGCAAAGAGGUAACUCUGAGUCAGAAGAUGCUAAUGUUACCGAGACAGACAGUAGAUACGUUGUUGAGGCUAAACCACAUACUGGACAAGAGGAGAUAGAUGAGGUAUGCAAAUCUGUGGAACAAGUAGAGGAACAUGAAGCUGUGGAAAAUGUGGAGGAAAAUAAAGAUGUAGAAAAUGUGGAGGAAAAUGAAGAUGUAGAAAAUGUGGAAGAAAAUGAAGAUGUAGAAAAUGUGGAGGAAAAUGAAGAUGUAGAAAAUAUGGGGGAAAAUGAAGAUGAAGAAAAAGUGGAGGAAAAUGAGGAUGUAGAAAAUGAAGAUGAAGAAAAUGUGGAAGAACGUGGUGUUGAGGCGUCUGAAACUGUGGAAGAGGUACAUAAAUUUGAAGAACAAGAAAAAUUUAAUAAAGAACAGGUUCAGGAAGAUGAAAAUAAUGAGGAUGAAUGCAUAGUUGAAGAAAAGAGAGAGAAAUAUGAAGUUGAAGAGCAAAUGGGGCCCAUGCUUACUACAAAUGCAGAUGAUGUUGCACAAGUUAGUGUAAAUGGUUCAAAUAAUAGUAAUAACAUAAAUGCAGUGAAAGUGGACAGUGGCAGAAAUGAAGAUAAGAGUAUGCCAGAAGAGGACGCAGAUCAUGAGAAAUGUACCAGCCAAGAAGGAAGUGUUGAUGACACACUUGACACUGGCAGUAUUCAGGAAGAGAACAAGAAUGGUUACAGAUCAAAGAGACGCGGCAAUGUGGCCACUCCAGCUAAAAGGAUUACGAGAAGGUCGACCGCCUGCUGUGGAGAUGACUUUGUAACACCAACCAUAUCCAGGUUAAGGCCUCGUACACCGUGCAGUCGUAGCACGCGGCGGUCUAUUUCUGCACACUGUGAUUCUCCCCCUGAGAUGAUGUUUACUCCAAGGCUACGAGCUUCUGCCAAGAAGAGUUCUCGGCGCUCCGAGAAUUGUGUAAAGCUCAAUCAUAUUGAUGAAUCUCUAGCAGAGAGGAAUAUUCCAACGUGUUCUACGUUUUAUCCUGAGAACACUGUGCUGAAGAAGAAAGAUACAUGUAAUGAGCAAACAUUGGAUGACAAGGCACAAGAACAUGUGACACUGGAAGAAAAACAUACUGAAAAGAAAUUUGAAUUACCUCUGACACCCACUGAGUUGGAGACUGACUCUUCACUGUUUGUUACUCCCAGAAGCCAACUUCAUGAGUCAAAACUAUCAUGGCUGCUGAAGACAAGUCCAUGGAUUGAUAAUUCACGUCGUUCAUCAAACAAAAAACGCAACUGCUCCACGCCAGAAUUUCAGAGACUACCUGAUGACAUAGUCAUGUCAGAGUAUCCCGUUUGUGGUCACCCUGAUGGUACUAGACCAGACACACCAGCUGACCAGCCAGUAGUGGAAGGUGUUGUAGAGAAGGACACAUCUGUUGGCAACAGUGUGUUUGAGGACCAAACAUGUACUAACCUAUUGGCUCUUCUAAAACCCUCCAUGCCUGCUGCACUUUACACUCAAUCUCCAGAUAUUGAUGUUUGGGCUGAAGACAGUCCUGCUGUGUCAUCUGUGGCUAUCAAUCCCCCAGCAGUUACUCCUCUUACCUCUAAACAAUCUCCUCCUCAAAUUACACCUGCCUCUUUAUCCAACCACCAGGCAUCAGUAUCUCCUAAAUCAACCCAGGAGACAACCACUAAAUCUACAUUGCUAUCCAUUGAAAAUACCCCAACUGUUGCCUCUGUCUCACCACAGUGCAAGGAAAAUGAAGAGCCUCAUCAGAGUCUAUCAUCAGAUGCUGCAGUUUUUGUAAGAAGGAAAUCUAGAAGAUCCGUUAUGUUUGCUGUGCAAGAGGAAGAGAAUGCCACUCCCUCGUUUAGAUUUCCGGGGACACCAAUUCGAUCUUCAUCUCGAGUAUCAAUGGGCAUCUUUGCUAAAAUAGACAUGAAUACAGACUACGUUCCUUCACAAAAUGAAGAUCUCAUUUCCCUGGACUCUCCACAGAGUGAGAAGAAAACAACUGCUACCCGGAGGAAGUCUUCACGAAUGAGUUUGUUUCAUGGAAUGGUAAAUAGCCGUAUAAUUGAGCAAGAGCUGCCAGUCACUCAAGAUCUGAUCAGCUUUGACACACCAGUUGAACACAAGAAGAGAAAAUCGAGAUCAACAGCUUCCAAUUUGACAACCCCAAGUCGGCGAUCACGGAGGCUGAGCAAGGCCCCAGUACUGUAAGCAUCUGAUUGAAUCCUGAUUUUUAUAGUUAGGAAGUGUCUAUCAUCUGGGUGUUGUAAAGUUUUAGUUAUGUGGAGCAUAGCUUUAGUGUGGAUACUUACACUUGAUGAGAGAUGAAGGUCAAGGGUCACAUUUGGCAACAGGCGCAUUUUGUAUUUUCAUACGUGUUUCGCAAUUUGUAUUUAUAUAUACUGUAUCGUAACCCUCGGAUACCCCCCCCCCCCACCCCCCUCCCCAUUACUGAGACGAUGUAAUAACAGCUUUAAGAAAAAAUGGGUAGCAUAUCUAAAUUGCCAAAAUAACUUAAUCAGAUGUGGACUAUCUACACACUUCUAUUGCAGAUCAUGUGUAUAUAGACUGGACAGUAAAAUUUUAGAAACUAGAUCAUUUGAUUCAGUGAGCAAUCCACCCACAGUAUUGGUUCCAUCUGCCCACCAAACUACAGUAUUAUAUUUGAAUGAAGUAUUUGAGGGAGGGGGGGGUAGUAGAGGGUUCUGUAUAUAGUGAAUUUGCUCGGUAUGGAGAGGUAAUGCUGGAAGCUGAGGAAUGGUUUAGUAUAAAGGUAAUACUGUAUACCUAUCAACAAAAAACAUGCACGAGCAAUGUUAUUUAGGUAUAAUUAAACAAUAAUGAUAGAUAUUAGUAUAUAAUAUCUGAAAUAAUACCAGCACAUACCUAUUCAAACAAUAUAUUGUUAAAGGGAUUUAUAAAACACAUGGAAUGAAGUAAACAUAACAUGAGAACAGUUGAAUGCAGGAAAUGUCUGUAACUGCAAGAGCACACGGGAUCAAAAUCACAUAUGUAUACUAUACUACAGUUCAAUCUAAAACUCCUAAAUUAAAAUUUCAGAAUGCAGGUCAGUCCCAGAAGGCUGUUACCACCAGCCAGCAUUGUAUACAAACCUUUAUAAAUGGUUGUAGGUAUAAUAUAAUGAAGAUUUUUUUGUUUGGGGAAAUAUUUUGUUUCAAGGUAUAGUAGUGAACAACCAAAUGUGACUCAUAUCUUAAAUAAAAUCAUAUACAAUAUACUCUCAAUUUAACGGAAUCCGACAUAACGAACUCGGUUUAGCAGAAGGAAUUUUUUCCGUUAUUUUUCGCUCGGUUUAGUGAACUAGUUCACUAAGUCAAAAUUAAUUCCGUUAAUACGCUCACACCUACAGAGACACCUCAGACACAUGAUACAGUAAAACCUACUUCAGCCUACAGCGAAUGUAC